UGUUCAUGCUGAAUCGUGUCUCCUUUCUUGCGCUGCUACUUACGGUGAGCUACUCAGUAGCUCAGAAUGGAGAUAUGUAUGGAAAUAUUAAUGGCAUUAUGAAUAACCUACUGGCUAACCUGGCUAGGAGAAUCGAUGUGUCGGAUACAGUGAACAGUAUGCUGAUGACAAUAGAAAAUUUGAAUGAAGACUUAAGAAUUUUGACGGCAAGCAUAACAAAAUUGUCACAAUCAGUACCAGGUUUUGGCCAAGACAUUCUCUGGUUAGUCCGAAAUUCUGCAGAUCAAAUGAAUGACGUCUACAGUACCUGUUCUGGAGGUGGAGGCGGUAGUAGUGGAUUUGGUGGAAACAGUGGCGGAGGAUUUGGCGGAGGCAAUGGCGGUGGAUUUGGCGGAGGCAAUGGCGGUGGAUUUGGCGGAGGCAAUGGCGGUGGAUUUGACGGUGGCAAUAGCGGUGGAUUUGGAGGAGGUAAUACAGGUGGAUUCGGUGGAGGUAAUGGCGGUGGAUUAGGAGGAGGCAGUAGCGGCGGAUUCGGUGGAGGAAGUAGCGGUGGAUCUGGUAAGUGAAAUUUAUGUCGUUCA